GUAACAUUCACACGUGGUUGCAGGCAGGGAUUUGCUGGAAGUUUGCAACUGCGAGAAUCUUUUUUUGCAACUGCCUUCCCGGAGCAAUCGCUGCGGCUGCUGCCCGUCAAAGCCUCUUUGCAAACUCUGAAAUCGAGCCUUCCAUGCAGGAAUUGUCUAUCCGGGCUGGAUCCCGCUAGCAUGGCCUCGGAUGAAGGACUGCUGAUCAACGUGAGCACGCUGCCUCUGCCGAGGUCCCACCGCCCUGCCGGGCAGAGACCCCCCCACCCACAAUGGGGCCGUGGGAAAAAGGCCUUGAAAAGAACAUUAGAAGGGGCAAAAGAAGCCCCUCCUGUAAAACAGCAGCGCUCUUCUGAUUCCAAGAAGCAAUGGAAAAAAACCAGGGAGAGCAGCAAAGGAACUGGGCGGCCAGUAUCAUCUUCGGAGAAGCUUUUGACUGAAGCCAGAGACAGCGACGUCAACAGCAAGAGGCCCUUUGUGAAGACCUCCAGUCUCUUUAAAAACAAUCCAGAAAUCCCUGACAUUCAGAGAACUGUCGUGAAACAAAUUCAAGAGGAGGUCUUCACCUCAGAUUCCUUUGAUCAGCUGGAUCUCCACCCUCACUUGAUUUCAACAAUAACCUCUUGCUUGAAAAUAUCGAGCAUGACCAGUGUUCAGAAGGAGACAAUUCCCAGACUGUUACAAGGGAAGGAUGCUCUGGUGAGAUCACAGACGGGCUCAGGAAAGACACUUGCUUAUAGCAUCCCCCUUGUACAGUCCUUGCAAAAAUUGGAGCCAAAAAUCAAGCGUAGUGACGGGCCGUAUGCCCUCGUCCUGGUUCCAACCAGAGAGCUAGUCCUGCAGAGUUUUGAAACACUCCAGAAGCUCUUAAAGCCAUUUACUUGGAUUGUGCCGGGGGUCCUCAUGGGUGGCGAAAAGAAGAAAUCUGAAAAAGCCAGAUUGCGCAAAGGAAUAAACAUUCUUGUUGCAACGCCCGGGCGGCUGGUGGACCACAUCAAGUCAACCCAAUGUAUCCAUUUCCGCUGCAUCCGGUGGCUGAUUCUGGAUGAGGCUGACAGGAUCCUGGAUUUGGGUUUUGAAAAGGCAGUGGCCGCAAUACUGAACGCUGUCAACGCAGCCAGCCCGAAACGGCAAAACGUCCUUUUAUCGGCCACACUUACAGACGGAGUCUCGAGAUUAGCCGAUAUCAGCUUGCAAGAUCCCAUCUGUGUUUCGGUGGCGGCAGAACCCCCGGGUUCAAACCCACGUCUGGGAAAAGGCUAUGUUCAGGAGGCUGUUGAUAUACCUUCUGCCGGGGAGGAACUAGGCAGUUUUGCUGUGCCGGAAAAACUCCGCCAGAACGUCGUGAUGGUCCCAAGCAAGCUAAGACUGGUCACCUUGGCGGCUUUCAUCUUCGGGAAGUUCAAGUUUGAAAAACGCCACAAGAUGAUUGUCUUCUUCUCGAGUUGCGAGCAGGUGGAAUUUCAUUACGUCCUCUUCCGAAAAGUCUUGGGUGGGGAGCCUGGGGGUGAAGGAGUAGGAUUAUCACCAGCCCUUCCUUCUCCUUUGAAGUUUGCACGCUUGCAUGGUGACAUGAAGCAAGAGGAGAGAUCGUCCGUGUUCCAGGCCUUUCUGCAAUCAAAGACUGGCGUUUUACUCUGCACCGAUGUUGCUGCUCGUGGGUUAGAUCUACCCCAAGUCACCUGGAUUGUUCAGUAUAAUCCACCGAAUUCGCUGGCCGAAUACGUCCACCGAAUUGGAAGAACAGCUCGGAUCGGCAGCCCCGGGAACAGCUUGCUUCUGCUCCUACCUUCCGAGGCGGAAUACGUCAACUUCCUGGCUUCGUACAAGAUUAACGUUUCAGAGAUGAAAAUGGAACUUAUCUUGUCUAACUUGAUGAAAGAUGAUCGUUUCAAAGGAAGCCAGUGGGGAUCUAAGAAGACCCGGCAGGGAGACGCCCAAGAGAUGCACCGGAGAGCCACCGUGAUGCAGACCGAAUUUGAGGAUUUUGUCCACUCCAGCACAAAAACGAUCCGAGGGGCCAAAAAAGCCCUGCAGUCCUUCAUUCGCUCAUACGCCACCUACCCAGCCAACCUCAAGCCCAUCUUCCACGUCCGGGCUCUCCAUUUGGGCCAUGUGGCAAAGAGUUUCGGGCUCCGCGACGCUCCUGGAAAUCUUGGCGCUUCUGGGGCCUCGAGGCGGGGGAAAAAGCCGAAAAGGCGUGACCUUCUCGAGAAGACUCAAGUCAAACCCCGUCUGAAUAUUGCCUUUGAAUAUUCAAGUGGUUUGGAUUCUCCGGCUUCGAAGGUCAAGAGGAAAAAACGGCUGAUAAAAUUGGGGGAGCAGAAUUCUCCCAGCUGAUUUGGGAAUUUUCAAUGGCUGGAGGGCAGGAUUGGAAAACAGCUGGGGGAUGGGAAGACCGAACCCCAAGAAGUCCCCUUCCUUCCUGAACUAGAAGAGAAGACAAACCAGGUUCAACCAGGGUUAUCCCCCACUCAAUUAAAGACGCAUUGGUGAUAAGGCGGUGGUGUCUUACCUGAACUUUUCAGCUCAAAUCCAUUGCCAGCAUGGAGAAGAAAUCUUGGGGUGCUUCAGGGAGGAGUUUGGGGAAAGCCUGCAAGCAGACACGCCAAAGGAAGCUGGGAUUUCAUUUCAUCGGGUUGCAUUUUAAGGAAAAAAGGUUCAACCAGGAAUACCCUCCACUCAAUGAAAGAUGUUUCGUUUCCUUUAAUUGGGUUGCGUUUAAAAAAAAAAAAUAGGAUCAACCAGGGUUAUCCUCCCCUGAAAGAAAGACCCAUUGGUGAUAAGGCAUUUGCAUCUUUUCUGACUUUUGGGGGGUCCAAAUUGGCUGGCAGCGUGGAGGGGAAAAAAAUCAGGGUGCUUUAUGGAGGAGUUUAGGGAAAGCCUGCAGACAGGCAAGUCAAAGGAAGUUGGGAUUUGAUAUCAUUGGGUUUUAAUAUGUCAGUUUAUCGGUCUGUUCCUUCUCCCGGUGUCCCCCAGAUACUUUGGAUUAGAGUUCGCCCCGUCUCAGAUCAUCGGUCCACCUGGUUUGAACUCUUGGCAGGUGGGGUCCCAGAAACCCUGGCAAGGCAGUAAGUUGGGGAAGGCUGAGACAGCCCAUAAUAUUCCUCAACGAGGGACAACAGCUUGGCAGUCUCCACACCACUCUGAGAAGAUUAUAGAAUACAGCAGGAUUUGAAUCCAGAGCCUCUCCUGCAUCUGUAAGGGGUAGUCUUGGCUAAAGUUGGCAGUGAAGCAGGAACUGUCCUGAUCUAGUUAGCAAUACAGUAAUAAAAAAAUGAUCCCAACAUUUUGUUUUUUCGUCUGUGAGAUGAGACGUUUCCUGUGCUCAGUCAGGCAGGCUCUUCCAUUCUAGGUUUCCGCUCAAACCGGUUCAAGGACCAAUCUGCAGAGCCCAAAGUUUCUAGUCCUUAAGCUUGUGAAAAGAGGUUGGAUCCUCAAACUGCUGGUGCUUUAAAUGAAACCCAUGACUUUCCCAUUGACGCCUCUUAAAAGUUUUUAUAACUUUUGGGCAAAGGUUUCUUAGUGAAGCAAGCUUUAGUUUAUCACACUUUUGAUGAUAGAUAGAUAUUGAUAGAGAAAUGCUUUCAUUCCAGUAUGUUCUGUAAUCUAUCUUGUGAUGUGCUGGUCCUCAAUGCUGUUCACCCAAAAUAUUUAUCUAGUGGCCCAAUUCACCCCUUUUCUGGAUCCAUACAAUACAUUGAACCAUAAAUGAAAACCAUAAUAACCCAAGCAGGCUGGAUUGACAUAUCAUUAUGCAACUAGGACUAGUGAGAGUCAGGUUUGAGUUUAUUCACAGCCCCUGGGGGUCUUUGGGCCCAGCCUACCUCACAGGCCUGUUGGGGAGGAAAUGCGAGUGCCAGCUAUGCCACCUUGAGCUCUUCAAGGAAAGGGGAAAUCCAAACAGCCGUAGCACUUUGGGUGAAUACGUUGGCUGGGUCCUUACCUGAUGGGCUUCAACAUAUGCCCGUAGCCACGACGUCGCUAAGGGGUGCAGCCAGAUUGUGCUGUCGAGUCUGUGGCUGGCUAAAGAUACCCCCAGCCUUCACGAAUGCCCGGGCUGCUUUGCAGAACCCAAACUCCUCUUUAAAACGAGGGGAACGUUCAAGCUCCUGGCAGUAAAUCGUUGCUUUCUGCUACGCGAAGAGACUUUUUGAAAAAAGGGCGAUGCAGGCCAUUCACUUCAGCUGGGAAGGGUUGCCCUACUGAAUUUGCUUUGGAAGGAGAGUCCAGGGUUCGAAUCUGGGCGGGGGGGAGCAACCUUUGUGAACGGAGAAGCCUUUCCGUGCCAAAGAUUUGGACCGCGCGCCCGAGCUGCUCUCCAAAUCCCAAAGCUACAGACCAGUCUCUCCCCAGAAAGCUUGCUUUUGUGUGGCUUCAUACGUGGGGCUGCGCAAGAUGCUUUCCAGGUAGAAUUUCAUCCCGUCUCCAGCUGGAAAUAGACCGAGCGUCAGAGUCACGCAAAGCCCGUGUCAGAAUUGAGAACGAAUCUUAACAUUGGUGUUUGUUUCCGAAUGAAACGCAGGCA